AUGGCGUCGUCUGGAAAGGAUAAGAUUAACAUACUUGGUGACGCACAGGUCGAUCAGCUCGACAGGGACCUUCGCGAGUUUAGGAAAGAUCUGGGCGCUUUGGCCGAUAAACAGAUCGCGAAGCAGCACGACGCCGCGCGGCGCGAUUCGGCGACAGUGCGUACGACGCAAGAUAAGCUAAACGAAUUGAGGCAACUGGAGCAGGAUUUUUUGGCUGAGGAGCAGAGGAUUUUGAAACAGCAAGAGGAGCAGCAGGAUGACCUGGACCGGCAGUGUGAAGAGAUGGCAAGGCUGGGUCUGGACAAAGCAAUGCUGGCGCCUCAGCUGGAGAAGGCGAAGGAUUUUGUUGCAGAAUUGGAGGCGGACGUGCAGGCAGAGGAUGAAGCACUCGAGAACGCAGAGGAGGUUCGGCAACAGCGCAUCGGUGCCCUGCUGUCAGUCGUGAUAAAGUUCAGAGAAGCAUUUGGCCUUCGCUUUGACCCCAGUCCUGAUGGCUUGCUUCGAUUGACCUUUACAAAGAUAGAUCCCCUGAUGCCCGAAAGGCAGUUCAUUGCCCUGCUAGAUAUGGGCGGUGACAGGGACAAGAGCUUUCGAGGUACGUGA